GAUGACAACAGCUUGCUAUUCGACAUAUAUGUGUCCCGACAGAACCUUUUUUUAACCUUUAUGUAUCAAUUAAUUGUUCAAAAAUCAAAACAAAAAAAAGUUGUGUGGUGUACGUAUUUUAAACAUAUGGUGAGAUACGGUGGGUGAAAGUUGAAUUGUGUCGUGAACGUGCGCGUACAUACAUUCAGUGUGAGCGAGCGCGUUUAAAGAACGUUCUGGCCGUUCUUCCGUGAACAUAUUUUAUAUGUGAAAAAAUCAAAAGGUUAAAAAUAAGAAGGCCUAAGAUGCAAACGCUCACUCCUCAUGUAUAUUGGGCACAGCGACAUAAGGAAAUAAACCUGCGAGUGGAGUUGAUAGACGCACAGAACAUUAAUCUCAAAGUGCAAGACAAUGUCCUUACAUUUAGGGCCCAGGGUCAUGGUGCAAAAGGAGAGAAUAAUUAUGAAUUCAGCCUGGCGUUUCUAAUGCCAGUUAAACCAGAGUGUGUCCACAGAUCCACCCAGCGCCAGGUGAAUAUAACAGUAAAGAAGAAGCAGCGUAGUUGGUGGGACAGGCUGACUCUGGAAGCGCGCAAGCCUAUCUUUCUGGCUCCAGACUUUGAUCGCUGGAUAGAUGAGUCCGAUGCAGAAAGGGAAAUAUGUGAAAAGGAGGAGAAAAAAAAAAGGCUCCGGAGAGAUUCAGUGAAUUCAGAGAUAUCAUUUGUAAGUCUGAAGAAGGGCCUCCUGUUCAUGUACAACCUAGUCCAGUUCCUUGGUUUCUCAUGGAUAUUCGCCAACCUGACUGUGCGUCUCUUCAUCCUAGGCCAGGAUUCACUCUAUGACACAUUUCACACCAUUUCGGAUGUCAUGUUCUUCUGCCAAAUAUUGGCCGCUGUAGAAGUACUCAAUGCUGCUUUUGGUGUGGUCAAGACAGGCGUUAUUCCUACUCUCAUCCAGGUGGUUGGAAGAAACUUCAUCCUGUUCAUCAUUUUUGGGAGCGUGGAACAGAUGCAUAAUAAACCAGUGGUGUUCUUCGUUUUCUACUCAUGGAGCGCCAUAGAGAUUUUUCGGUACCCAUUUUACAUGCUGGGCUGUAUUGACACAGAGUGGAAAAUGCUCACUUGGCUGAGGUACACCAUCUGGAUACCUUUAUACCCUCUGGGAGUGUUAGCUGAAGCUGUUGCCGUGAUCCAGUCCAUUCCAAUCUUCUAUGACACUAAGCUGUUCAGCCUCCCUCUGCCUGAAGUCCUGGGCACAUCGCUCAACUUCUCCUACAUCCUGCUGGUCUACUUGGUUCUUAUGUUUUUGGGGCUUUUCAUGAAUUUCCGCCACCUCUACAAGCAGAGGAAGAGGCGGUUCCAUACCAAGAAGAGGAAAGCAACCUGAGAUCACUGUCUGACAAGUUUUCUAAUACUUUCGCUGCCUGUCUGAAAAACAUGGGUAAUUUUAGUGAACACAUCUAGCAAGGAGAAUGCAAAUAAGGGGUUAUGAUUGGGCAGAGUUAUUACAUUCCUAAAUUUGAACAGUGUCCUGCACUGAAGACAGUCCAUUAUUAUGUAGUCAUUGUAGAUUUAGUUGUGAAAUACAUUUUUUAAUUCCUUGCUGUAUUUGAUCAUAUUGUGCUUGAUUUUAUAGUGCAAUAACUGUUGUCUUAAGAAAGUAAGCUACAUUAUCUCUAUUGAAAUAAUGUUCUUAUAAAUACAGAUCAUUUAAGUUAAUGUGUCACUACCCCGUUGUUUUAACUUAGCAGCUAGAAAUCUCAGGGAGUACGACAGUUAUUCUGAAAGAUUGUAACAACUUAAUCAACUUAAGCAAUUAAUUACUCAUUAAAUCUAUCAAGUAUUUUGCGAUCAAUGAUA